ACCCUGAUGUCAGUCUCUGCUGUAGCUGCGGUGAUAAAGUGUGUAUAGGCGAGCUAAAAUAACCUCACAGCUAGCGUAUACAGAUAUAGAAAAGUUUAAACUUGUUACCAGAGACGCUGGUGGCUUUAGUUACCGAGAGCAGCGCUUUUUCACCUCAACAAAUCACUGCGUUUGACUUUUAUUUUCCCUUCGCUGCUGCUGUUGUUACGCUAACGUUAGCAUAGCUAGCACAACAUCUGCUAAGCUAGCUAACUAGCCGCGUCCUGUGUUCGUGUGUUGCCGUGAUUUCUUUUUGAGGAGCAGCCCGGAGAGGAACCAGAGAAACAUGAAGCAGAGCAGCAGUGUCCAGUCAUGGUGUGUGGGAGUAACGAUACAGCUGAUUUUAGCUGCCGUCCUGCACCAGGGUUUCGCUACUGUUGCCCCGCCCACAACUGCCCAAACCACCGCCGCACCGCACAAAGACCCCGGCAGACCUGAGAAAGGAAACUACCUGGUUAAGAACAUCAACGGUACUACCUGUCUACUGGCAUCCAUGGGUCUGCAGCUCAACAUCACCUUCAACUCUGUCUCCCAGAACAAGACUGUGCAGGAUGUUAUGAACCUUCGGCCCAAUAUGACAAAGUCCUCUGGAUCAUGUGACACAGACAGCGCCUCCCUGCAGCUCACGACGGAUGCAGACAAGACCAACCUCACCUUUUUCUUCACCCUGAAUUCUACGUCCCAUAAGUACCACCUGAGUGAAGUGUCUCUGUCUGCAGCCUUGCCAGACAUGAAAGAGCCCGUUGUAGCCCAUAACCGCAGUCUGGACUACCUGCGGGGCACCUACGGUUACUCAUACAUGUGCCGUGAGGAGCAGACUCUGAAUGUGGCUGAGGAUUUGUCCAUCAACACCUUCCAGGUGCAGGUGCAGCCCUUCGGCCUCACUGGAGAUCAGUUUGGAGCAGCUGAGGAGUGCCAGCUGGACGAAGACGACAUGUUGAUCCCCAUCAUAGUCGGAGCAGCUUUAGCAGGUCUCGUCCUCAUCGUGCUCUUGGCGUACCUCAUUGGCAGGAAGAGGAGCCACGCUGGCUACCAAACCAUCUGAGGUCACUUGCUACUCUCAUGUUCCCAGAGGCCAGAGCGCGCUGUCCCAUCCUUCAGAUUAACCACUGUUUUAUGAGACUUAACACUCCUCCCUUUGUCCCCCCUCUAUCCCUCCAUCCUCCACCCUCCCUGCCUGUGUGUGUGCUGUUCUCCGCCCUCAUCAGUAACACUAGUCAUUAUCACUUUGUGGAGGUUGAUACGCUCUUUCUAAACUGACCCGCUCAUUCAUAAACAAGGGGGGCUUUGUUUGGAGAUAGUAAUGAAAUGACAGAAGAACCUACAGGUACGACAUAAAGCAGGGGAUGGAUGUUGAUCAGAGGGUCCAUGAGAGUCUCAAAUUGUAUUGUACUAUUUAUGAUUUCUGUGAAAGGAAUUUUGAGGGAUUUAUGGGAUUUGAGGGAAUUGCUACUGUAGCUUUUCUUAUCGUUGAUCUGCUUUAGGGCGACCAUUUUUAGUCGUCAGUGAGGUCUGUUGUUGUUAUAAAGGGAAUUUUUCUGCGUGAUAAACUUAAUCUACUGCAGACAGUCAUCAUCUGACUUUUUUUAUUGCAACUCUACAUUUAGCCCAAGCAUGCAGAUUUUAUAUAACAUACUAAAAACACAGUAACCCAAUCUGAUAAAGGACAUGUGAGGAGUCUCCCAAGUAGUUAAGAUGCAUUUAGGAAUUGAUUUGUUCACUGGGAUUAAUGGUGAUAUGUCCCGUUCCCUCUGAAAGGUACUCAACUAAUUUUGUAUGGAGACUGAAGAUGCAGUCGUCAGCUGUGUAAGAAAAUUGUGUUUUGGCUUUUUCACCUUAUUUAAAGGAAUAAUUCAACAUUUUAGGAAGUAGGCUUCUUUGCUUCUUUGCAAAGAGUCGCAUGAGGAUUGAUACCACUGUCAUAUUUGCUUAAUAUGAAGCCACAGGUAGCUCUGAAUCUCAUCAUACAAUGCAAGGAUUGCCAGCUAAAUUUUGUUAACAGUGUUUCCGGUGAAAGUCAAAAGUGAGGGCCAACCCCGGCUUUGUUCCGUUAUUUUGUCGCUCUGUCCAUGAUUUUCACAGCUCCUGAUCACUGCUUUUUAAUGCAGUCCCAGCCUCACCUGCAUGCUGCUACUGACUGAGGGCUACAUGCCCAAAAUGUAUAUAUACAGGCAGAGGGCAGAGUCUCUGCAGACAAAUAAAAUGUGAUGCUUUCACAUUUCAGUUUUUGUACCGAAAAAUACAUGUGUUGAUAAGUGAGCUUUAGUGGUGCUGGUAAGAAGAUUUGUUACCUUAAGAUAGAGGUAGGCUAGCUAUUUCUCCCCGUUUCCCGUCUUAAUGCUAAGCUAACAGUUUCCUAGCAGUACAAUGAGAAUGGUAUCAAUCUUCUCAUCUAACUCUGGGCACAAAUGUGAAUUUCCUAAAAUGUCAAACUCUUCCUUUAAAGGAAUAAUUUACCCACAAAUUAUCAUUUGUAUAUCAGUUACUCGCCUCAUGUUAUGUUGAAUUUGUGAGGAAACAUUGUUUUUCUCUUACGUCUUCAUGAUGAACGGAGAAUCCAAAAAAUUCUUAAUGAAUUGAAGUCACAUGGGUUGAUGUUUAACAGGAGCAAAACUGUAUCUGAAUAUCCAUUUACAGACUCUCGCACAACUGGUGCAGUAUAAUCAAAACCUCAUUUAUCCAGUCGUAUGCUCAUUACUAUUCAAAACAAACACAAACAGUCUCACGCAUGGACGAGUAGCUCCAAUUCCUCAGAAAUUUUCUCUGUUUUUGGAUUCUUCACCCACCAUGGAGACAUGUAAGGAGAGCAACGUUUUCUUCAAGAAUUCAUUGUAACAUAGGAUAAGUAGCUGAUAAACAAAUGAUCAUUUUAUGGGUAAAAUAUUCCUUUAGAAUAAUAAUAGCCACUUUUUUGGAUUCUGCUGUUACAGUUCUCACAGGCAACAGGAGUUGCUUAAAAACACAAACACACAGCUGUUGGUUUAUGUGGAUGAAAAAGCUCAGGACAUCACUGUAAGAGUGUAAUCAUGUUGAAGUGUUUUACUCCACUGGGUGGUUUUGUUUGUUUUCUUUUCCCCUGAAUAUGGGCCCACUCUGGGUUUUGGUAGCUGAAGGGAGAAGUUGCACUAAAGUUCUGACAAACAGCCCCAUGUAAUGAUUAAAGUGGCCAAAAUGCUCUGGUCAGUGUUCAUCAGUGCCUUCCCAGCUGUGACAUAGAUGGGAUUAAAGUAAAGCCAAUGCCGUAGAGGUACUCACUCAUUCACUCACUGACACUGUGUGCUGCCAUGUCUGGGACAUUUUGUGUCUCACGUAGCCUUCAUGUACUGUUACUACCAUAAAUAUGCAUUGUUCAAUGUCGUAGGAGAAACUGCAGAUAUUUGUUUUUUUAUGUUGUUUUUUUCUCCCGCAUCUAAAUAUUCAUGUAGUGAUUUAAUAAGGUUUUAAUGGAUUUGUUUGAACUGUUUUCUAAAGGAGAGGUCAAUAAAAGUGAAUGAACGAGA